GGGACUCACGCUGGACCACGGGGGUCAGACCGAGACGAUCGCUCCGAGACCAGGAGAGGGGAGUGGGGCGAGGAUUAAUUCACGGUAGAAAGCGGGGUCCCUGGGCCCCUAGCACCUGCGGGGUGCACAGGGGCCUGCAACCGUAGUGGUAAUCCAGACCAAGCAGAAGCAGGCUAAGGAAAGAGGCUGGCUGAGGGUCUGGCCUUGCCAGCCCAGUUAAAGCGGAGCCGCACGGAGGCGCACUCCCGCGCUGGCCCCCGGUGGUCCUCCCAGCGCAGCCCAGUUCACUCCUGGGGCUUUAAGGGGCGGGCUCUGUUCACAACGUUCCUGACUGCGUCACUAUCGUGCGCCCCGACCCUCGGUCUCCACGUGGGUUCGGUAGAGGAACCCGGGCUGGGGAUCAUGGCGGGAGCUGAGACUGGGGACGCGGCUGGAGCCGAGGCCCCGCAGCCCCAGAAGCGCUACUAUCGGCAGCGGGCUCACUCCAACCCCAUGGCGGACCAUACGCUGCGCUACCCUGUGAAGCCAGAGGACAUGGACUGGUCUGAGCUAUACCCAGAGUUCUUCACUCCACUGACUCAAAAUCAGAGCCAUGAUGAUCCAAAAGAUAAGAAAGAAAAGAGAGCUCAGGCCCAAGUGGAGUUUGCAGACAUAGGCUGUGGCUAUGGUGGCCUGUUAGUGGAACUGUCACCGCUGUUCCCAGACACCCUGAUUCUGGGUCUGGAGAUCCGAGUGAAGGUCUCAGACUAUGUACAAGACCGGAUUCGGGCCCUACGAUCAGCUCCUGGAGGUGGCUUCCAGAACAUCGCCUGUCUCCGCAGCAAUGCCAUGAAACACCUUCCUAACUUCUUCCACAAGGGCCAGCUGACAAAGAUGUUCUUCCUCUUCCCUGACCCACAUUUCAAGCGGACCAAGCACAAGUGGCGAAUCAUCAGUCCCACACUGCUGGCAGAAUAUGCCUACGUGCUGAGAGUUGGGGGGCUGGUAUACACCAUAACUGAUGUGCUGGAGCUACAUGACUGGAUGUGCACCCAUUUUGAAGGGCACCCCCUGUUUGAGCGUGUGCCUCUGGAGGAACUGAGUGAAGACCCCAUUGUGGGACAUCUUGGCACCUCAACCGAGGAGGGAAAGAAAGUUCUACGCAAUGGAGGAAAAAAUUUCCCAGCCAUCUUCCGAAGAAUACAGGAUCCCACCCUGCAGGCAGUGACCCCCAGUCCCACCCCUCCUGGUCACUGACUUUGCCUCUGCUGACCUUGCCUUAGCUGGACCCCAUCUUCCAAAGACUGGAAAGAAGAUCAGGUCCCAGGACCUUCCCAGCUGAACCUGCUAGGGCUGGGAGGCAACAAACCUCUCAGAAAUUGAGGAACUGCCCAGGGCAGAACGACUGUCCCUGAGUCCUCUCACCUUCUUGCCCUUUCAGUGCCAGCAGAAAGCAAAAGAAGCUGACUGGAAAAGUCAAAAGACCUUGGACCAGAAGGGAUCUUUGGAAGAGCAUGGGGUUUUACUCCCCUUAGCACUCCCUUCUUCUGGGAUCUCUCCUCAGCUGGAGUGAGGAAUGCAGUUCACUGUCCAUCUAAACUGCCUGCUAGACUUGAGUCACCUGCCCACUUGUGUUUACUUUGCAGUUCUGGGGUAACAUGUCUACGUGUGCACAUGCCCAUGCUGCUGUUUUGCAGGAAAGGCCAGAAUGUGCGUCACUCCUGUCCUCUCCCUGGCUAAGAUGUGACCUGGGGAAUCUG